AUGGACUUAAAGACUGGCACAUUGCUUGUGGCGCCCGCGGUUAAGAACUCCAGUUGCUCCCACCCGCGCUACUCGGGCCACAACUUUAUUGUGCACAUUGGCAUUGCCGAGACCAUCGAGGCGGUGCUCAUUCUGGUGCUUACGCUAGGCGUAAUUGGUGCCAACUGCCUGGUCAUCUUUGUCAUCAACAAUCGACGCUACUCCGCCUAUAUACACCAACAGCCGCGAUAUCUACUCACCUCGUUGGCAUUAAAUGACCUGACAAUCGGUCUGCUAAUUACGCCGUUCGGCCUAAUGCCAGCAUUGUUUCAUUGUUGGCCAUACGGCGAGAUAUUCUGUCAGAUACAGGCCCUCCUGCGUGGCGCACUCUCGCAGCAGAGUGCCGUUAUACUCGUUUGCAUGGCCGUGGACAGAUAUAUGUGUGCGCUGCAUCCGCGCCGAUAUUACCAGCACUCAAGUAAAAAGGGUUGUGUUGCUAUACUUAGCUUAACUUGGAUAAUCAGCCUGACAGUGUUUGGCUUCCUCGUGCUGCCCAAAGGCUAUUACUUCAACAACACGGGCCUAAUGGCCUGCGAGCCGUUUUAUAGCAAGCCAUCGUACCGCAUUUUAGCCACAUGUGCGCUCUAUUUUCCCACGACCAUGGUCCUCAUGUACUGCUAUGGCUCCAGCUUCCACAUGAGCCGUUUUCGGCUGAACGAUCCGACAAUGCCGCUGACCGCAGCGGUACAUCAUCCGCAUCCACACCAUCCGCCUCAGCAGUCACAACAGCAUCAUCAGCAGCACCAGUCACAUCAUCCGUUCAGCCACGGACAUGGACACUCGCACCACUCUCAUCACCACCACCACGGGUUGGGACCAACCACCACGCCAGUCAUGAAUCUGAGCAUGGCCAUGAGCAUGGGCCUGGCUGGCAUGCCGAGUAUGACAAAUAAGAUUACCAAAAAGAUUGUGCCCAUACAGGAGAAGAACUCGGCUGGUUCCACGUCACGUUCUAUGGCGGCCAUCUCAUUGGGUUUCAUUGUUAUGGUCACACCCUGGACCAUUCAGGAGAUUGUCACUGCGUGCACGGGAUCCAAGCUGCCUCCGUUCCUGGAUUUUGUGGUCACUUGGACAGCUUUAAGCAACAGCUUGUGGAAUCCCUUCAUGUAUUGGCUGUUGAAUUCCGAUUUCCGGCGUCUGAGCCGUCAGUUGAUGCCAAACAAAUGCUUCCCCAAUGAGGAUACGCCCGAGCACAAAUCAGCUUGUUGUCACAUCAAUGCAAACGAUUUUGAAAUCACAACACUUCCGAUGCCACCCGAGCCGCCCUCCUCGCGACCACCCACAUCCAAUACUGGCGGUAGUGGCAACGGUGCAGGGGCAGGUGGUGGCGGUGGAGGGAUUGGUAGCACCAUUGGUGGCUCAGUACUAGGGAUUUGUGCACGUUCUCGUGCCAAUAGCCUCAGUCGCAGCGCAUCACAGUACAUCAGAGGUACACUGGGUGGUGGUGCUCACCACAGUCAUAGCCACCAGCGCGGUGGUUACGCAACUGUGCGACCCGAUAUCGAGGGACUGUCGGAAAAGUAUUGGGGCGAGAUACUCGAACGCACUGUCAGCUCAGGCAACCUGAAUGCCAUGCAGAAGAGCAUCCCACAUAUGCCUUACCACCACCAUGCCGGACAUCACACGCACCACCAACCACAGCAGCACCAGGUAGCCGCCGUAUCGGGCUCCGGCGCAACCAACACUAUGACGACGUCAUUCAGCAAGCACAGCGAUCUUAAUCUACACAUAUCCACGCAAGAAGCCACUGCCGCCGAGCUCAGCAAAUUCUCUAACUCGGAGCCCAAGCUGUGCGAGCAUCUCUUCCAUGAUGCCCACUGCGCGAAGAGUAAGGCCAACAGCGGCCUCACUGGAGACUCAACCACAGCCGCCAAGCUUGCAGCUGGGCGGAGCAUUCCGGACAUUUAGUACGCAGAAGACGUAAUACUCGCCAACAGCCAGAUAGCGCGCUCCAAAUGCGCCCACCAUCCGUUGCACCACCAGGCGCACACAAAGCCCCUCACCUUGCCCCUCAGCCAACCACAACACAC